UGCGUGCUGACGUUGAGCGGCGUGCGUGCCGACGUUGAGCGGCGGUUGCUCGGUCGCUCUCGCUCGGUCGGGCUGCGGACGGGAGCCGGCGGCGGAGGCGAGGCGAGGCCCAGACCAGGCCUUGAGGAGGAGAUCGGCGGCCCGAGCAGGAUGGGUGCGAGCGGGGCGGCGUCGGCGCUGCUCGUGUUUCUGCUCAUGUGCGGCCUCCCCUCGGAGGGACAGAAGAAGAAGGAGAACAUCCUAAACGACAAAGUUGGGCAACUGAUGGAAUGGGGAAGCAGGCGAGCUGUAGUCCGGAUGAAUGGAGAUAAAUUCCGUCGAUAUGUUAAAGCUCCACCGAGGAAUUACUCGAUGAUCGUGAUGUUCACUGCCCUGCAGCCACAGCGCCAGUGCACUGUUUGCAAGCAAGUGGAUGAGGAAUACCAAAUCUUGGCCAACUCCUGGCGCUACUCUAGCUCAUUCACAAACAGACUUUUCUUUGCUAUGGUGGACUUUGAUGAGGGUUCUGAUGUGUUUCAUCAGCUCAAUAUGAAUUCUGCUCCAACGUUCAUGCACUUUCCUCCUAAAGGGAAGCCCAAACGUGCAGAUACGUAUGAGCUUCAGGUGCGAGGAUUUGCAGCUGAGCAGAUUGGCCGAUGGAUUGCUGACAGGACAGAUAUCAAUGUCAGAGUGAUCAGGCCCCCAAACUAUGCCGGUCCCUUGAUGCUGGGAUUUUUACUGGCGGUUAUCGCUGGACUUCUGUAUCUUAGACGGAAUAACCUUGACUUCCUGCACAACAAAAACGGCUGGGCCUUUGUUGCUUUGUGUUUUGUACUUGCUAUGACUUCUGGACAGAUGUGGAACCAUAUCCGGGGACCUCCUUAUGCCCAUAAAAACCCUCAUAAUGGCCAAGUGAGUUACAUUCAUGGGAGCAGUCAAGCGCAGUUUGUGGCUGAAACUCAUAUUGUCAUCUUACUGAAUGCGGCCAUUACAUUGGGUAUGGUGCUUCUUCAUGAAGCGGCAACAUCUAACAUGGAGAUAGGAAAACGAAGAAUUCUGUGUGUGGCGGGACUAGGAUUGGUUGUGUUUUUCUUCAGCCUGAUGUUGUCGAUCUUUCGAGCUAAGUACCAUGGAUAUCCCUACAGCUUUCUGAUAAGUUAAUUAACAACUUGAAAGCACAAGUCAGAGCCUGAAUUGUGAACCAUGACAUACAAUGUUGAAAAAAUAACAGAGAUGUGAAGAUAAGCAGAGUCCAAUUGUGUUCCAGACUGCCUCCCAACAAUUCCAAUCAUAAGGUAUCUCGGAGGAAGGCUUGAACCAAAGAGAACCUAGAGUGCCUUACAUUUUACAUUUACUGUUGGGCAGCAAAAAAAAAACUUCAUUUUAACAGUUGAAAGAUUCCCUCAUUAUGGUUGUUGAAAAAAAGGUGAUUUUUGAAGUUUUUCUGAGCCAAGGUAAAAAAAACUUUUUUAACCAAAAAAAUGCAGUUUUUCAAGGAAUGAUGCAAUUUCUAUUGAUUAAAGUGCCUUAAAGUUAGGUUGAUCAUUUGGACGCAAGUCUUUGAAAGGGCUGUUUUCCACCUGGCUGAAUUCUUACCAGCUAGUGAAAUGUAGUAUCGAAGUAAUAUUUUCAGUGAGUUUCCCUAAAAUAUUUACAUUUCAUCAAUCUUGUACAUCUGGUUAUGCUCUUCAUUAAAUGAUGUGAACCUG